UGAACGCUUGUCUCCUGUUCCCCAAAUACUCCAACGCGAUUGGCUUAAUCUCCUCAUAACGGAGGGUGUGACGUCACCGGGAAGCGCCUGCUGCGAAACUGUAGUUUCCAAAGUUUUGACGCGGGGCGACGAACAGCUGAUGGACAAAAGUGACUUUCCCGACUCGUCAGCUGCGUUAGAGAACAGAUGGAUGACAUCAACGUACUACACCACAGAUGCCUCCUGAACCUGAGGCGUCGGAUCAGAGAUAUCGGGGAUGGACGGCCGGCGCAGGAACGAUACAUGAGGCUACAGAAGGACGGAGACACUCUCAGUUACCAAGGGAACUCUGAAGAGGUGGGUUGCUAUGUGGCUGGCCAUCCUUUAUCAAAGGGAAACUGCUACUUUGAGGUGACAAUAGUGGACACGGGGGUGAGGGGGACCAUUGCUGUGGGCCUGGUGCCUAAAUUCUACAGGCUGGACCACCAGCCUGGCUGGCUGCCAUACUCUGUAGCUUACCACGCUGACAACGGCAAGCUGUACAAUGGAAACCCUGUGGGGCAACAAUUCGGACCAAAGUGUGCUCAGGGUGACCGCAUCGGCUGUGGAAUCCACUCUGAAAAUAUAGAAGCAGGUUUCACAACAGUCUUUUUCACCAAAAACGGCAAAGAGGUCGGUUCGGUGGAGGUUCCUGUGUCCGCAGAGGGGCUGUUCCCCGCCGUAGGGAUGCACUCCAUGGGGGAGGAGGUGAAGGUUGACCUGCAGGCGGAGUGGCUCCUGGACGAAGAUGAUAGCAUGAUGAUGGUGGACAGCCAUGAAGAUGAGUGGGCGCGGCUUUACGACGUCCGGGUUAGCGGCACGCUCUUGGAGUAUGUUGGAAAAGGAAAGAGCAUCACAGACGUGGGUUUGGCUCAGGCUCGCCAGCCGCUCACCACCCGCUGCCACUAUUAUGAAUUGGAGAUCGUUGAUGCUGGGGAGAAGUGCUACAUCGCCCUGGGCCUGGCAAGGAGGGAUUACCCCAGGAACAGACACCCGGGAUGGAGCCGAGGAUCGGUGGCGUACCAUGCAGAUGAUGGCAAGAUCUUUCACGGCAGCGGCGUCGGUGACGCUUUCGGUCCUCGCUGCUUCAAAGGUGACAUCAUGGGCUGCGGCAUCAUGUUCCCACGAGACUACAUCCUGGACGGAGAAGGUGACCUCGACGACUGGGAUCGGCUCGAGGUCCGUCCGGGUCACGCCGGCGUCCAGAACUUUCUGUACCUCAACGACGAAGAGGAGGAGGAGGAGGAGGAGGAAGAUGGGGAAGAGAUAGAGCAGGGACAGGAGGGCAGGAAGGUCACGGUGUUCUUCACCAGGAACGGGAAGCUGAUGGGUCGCAGGGAGAUGGCGGUUCCUCCAGGCGGCCUCUACCCGACCGUGGGGAUGCUCAGCAGCGGAGAGAAGGUCAAGGUGGACCUGCAUCCCCUCAGCGGAUGAGCUGGACUCGUGCGAGAGUAGAGCUCACCCACGGUAGCCUAGAAUGCUGCUAACACUCGCCAGGACACACACACACACACGCACGCACGUCGCCGCCGCCCCGCCAGUCGUCUUCCUCGACACUGCCUCGGCUUUAAUUUAUAAGACUUGUAAAUUUCACAGUCAUCGCAGAAACACGACCGGAUCGUCCUCGUUGGUUGUGAAGUAGCAGACGCAGACGGAGGGGUCCCGCCGUACGUGGUGUGUCGGGGUCACAGCAUGCAACCUGCAGCUCGAAGCUAAACAGAAAAAAGUAAAAACAUAUUUAACGGUUAAAUCUAUGCAAUCUGUACCGCUAUCAUCGUCACGUCCACCCUUCUGCAUGCAGAGCCGAGUCUCUGAAACACUGAGCCGUUGAAGCUCUCUCAUGAGGUCUGGCACACUUAGUUUAUUUCAUUUGUCACGACCCCAAGCAAAGCAGAGCGAGGCCAACAGUUGUGCCGAGUCAGAGCUUGUCGGCGGUUUAUGUUUCAGGGAAUACACCCUCUCUCUCUCUCUCUCUCUCCUCUGUCUCUCUUUAUCGCUCAUGCUCUCUUUCCCAAACCUCCCUCUCUCUCCCCGUCGUCCUCUCUCUGGGUGAGGCUGCCCUCCUGUGAGUGAUCAGGGACCUGCUGUCGCCCCACCUCGCUCCCUCGCUCCCUCGCUCGCAGCUCUCCCGGAGCUGGCUGGAAGUGAACAGUGGAUCUGUUUCAGUAUUUCUAGAAAAUGCAUCAUCGGCUCGAGGAUUUAUUUUAUUUUGAAGGAUCAUUACAGGUUUGGUAAUCACAAACCUCGUUGCAGAGUGUUUUCUUGUUUCACGUCGGAGCCAAACUACAAAUAAAAACAUGUCAGGUACAUUUUCUACAGCGGGGGAGGGGGAUCUGCUUCAAAACAUGAUUUAAAUUUAUCUUCCAGUUCAGGGAAUGUUUUUGUUUUUUGCACUUUGAGAUCAUGAGAAAGUCCCGUGAAGGACUGAAGGCUGUGGAGACCUGCAGGGCAAACAUGAACACAACCUUAAACAGCCAUAAAAAUAACCACAGAGUUUAAACAAACAGCUCCGGGUGUAAACUUUAACUCUGCAAACCUCACGCAGAAGGAUCAGUUUCAGGUCUGUGGGAUUGCAUCACACCGCGAGGCGCUCUCCGCAUGUUUGCCCUCCAUCCGUUAUUUCCCCUCUUUUAGCUCCGGUGAUGUUUUGCAGGUUUAGAAGAGCCGACAGAAUGAAAACUGAAAUCCAUUUCUUGUUUUUGUAGUCUGAAGGUAACUUCCUGUCUGUGAUGUUCAAUGAACUGCUGGAUGUUUCUCUGUUUGUUUCUGAAGAUGAAGACAAUGAUGUUCGCUCGCCGCGUGCUGCAUGUGUUUGUGUGUCGACUGCAGCGUCACGGGGCCUGAUCCACAAACACACUUCAGCUCGCUUUAACCUGGGUUAAAUCACCGUGGUAACCUGUGCUGGAUAAAACAGCCUGACUGAUGGCCAAUCAGAUAACUGGAAAAACUGAGUCAUCGCUCCUACGGGGUCUGGACAGGGACAAAACUUUUGAUUCUUUUGAUAAUUAUGUCAAAGAUAGAAGAAACAUUUUUGCAGCUGCAACUAAUAAUCACCUAAAUUAUUGAUUUAUCUGCUGAUGGAUGCAUUUUCCUCAUCGACUCGUCGUCUGGUCUUUGAAAUGUGAGAAAAUUGUGUUUGAAUUCCCUGAAAAUUCAUGUUGAUGUGAGUUUAUGUUGCUCGUUUUUUAGUUUAAAACCCCAAAAAUUAUCAAUUAGUUUUAACGUAAGACAUAAAAAUCAUCACAGCUGAGAAGCUGAAACUUGAAACGAUAAAUCGAUUCUCAGAAAAGUUUGAAUUUCUUCGAUUAGAGACGUGAAUCUUCUAAAACAAGGAGAGAUGCAGGGACGUCUCUCAGUAACGAAUGGAUUUAAUUGUUCACCCUGUUAAUUAGCUCAGUAAAUUAUACAUGAGACCAGUCAGAUAAACAUUAUCAGGCUUUAAUCACUGAGCUACAGCUGUCCCAUUGACGAGGCUUUCACUGAUUGAUUUUUUCCAGGUCAAUAUCUGUCGACAGACUAAAAGCUCUGUGAAGCUGCGACGGCCGUGCGCUCUCUCCUUUUUAAACGAUUAAUCAUGGUGAUGUCACUUUGAACUCUUUUACAAACCAAUCAGUGAAUUCACGGAGAAGAUAAGCUAUGAUGUAUUUAUACGGCGAGGUCCGACCCAAACGGAGCCGGACUCGGCUGAACUUUGUGCUUCAGGUCCCUCGAAAACAAUCUGUCCAUGAAUGAGAAAUACUGUUUGUGGUUUUCAUGUGAGUGGGAGCUGGUUUCCACACGAAAUAUUCAGAAUGAUGAUCUUUGUGUUGUUUUUUUUCUUCUGUCUGUUCGUUUUUAAAGGGAACGAUGAUCAAACGUUAUUAUACUGUAUCAGCUAAAACAGUUAACCAUCGUCAUCCUCCCUCGUCCUCGUCCUCGUCAUCAGCAGCCUGUAAAUGAUAACGUACAUUCCUCUGCACCUCCCCGCGAGGCGCGUACAGCAGGACGCACUGCUCCAUUCACACACUAGAACACGCAACGCUAGAACUAUAACGUGACGUAAACCUACUACACAGGGUUAACUGUUGAAAUCACAUAUCUGCUGGAGACUGUGUUUGUUUUUUAAGCUGCAUUUUGUUUUAGAGCCAUCGAUGAUGACGACCUCAGCAGGUCUACGGGACGUGUACAAAUCUUCUUCUCCUGCAGGGCUGGAUAGAGACUUCAGUUCAGGUCGUUACAGCUUGAACUGUAAAUAAUAAAUAUAAAAAAAAAACUUAUGCUAGACAGUGCAAAGAUAUUAAUGAGACACUGACGUGGACGCUCGGUCCUCGUCUAAGUUCAGGGUCACUUAAAAAUGUUUGAAGUUUACUCGAUCUCAGUUUACAGAAAGUUUCACGGUUCAACCAAAUUAGACCUAAAAUCUUUUACUCACCAAGGACUCUGUAACAACUCCUCGCCUUGUUGACUUGCACUAUAAUGGCCUUGUUCAGUACGUGUAUAAUCACCAAUAAAGGUUUCAGUAAUGUAACAAAGUAA